AUCACUCCAUUCCCACCUUCUUCUGGUCUUAUUGGGGACUACAUUGGCGUUGAGAGCUGUCUUGAUCUGAAAAACAAUGAUGACAUCUUCACAUCAUCAUCGAUUGUAGUAGAGAAUCAGUGUUUGAGUGCACAACGUAGUAAGAGGGAUCAAAGGUGCGCAAUGAAUGGGUUUCCACCACCAAUACCAUUGCUCGCACGCACUGGGAACUUACCUUCCCAUAUGCCUUGGGUUUUGAGGCGAUUCUACACAGAUGAUGGAAGAUUGAUUCUUAGAGAAGAGAGGGUGAAACAUCAUGAGUAUUUCCAGGCUCACAGAUGCAAUGGCCGUCUUACCUUGCGACUUGUUCCCUUAGACGAUGAAGUUCAUCCCCCUUAUCCCCAUGGUUUCGCUGAUGAGGGAGAUGACAAUGAGAAUGAAUUCGAGUAUUGUCAAGAAGAAGAGGAAGAAGUAAAAAAUGAGCUUGAGAACUGUCGCAUUGAACAAGAAGAUGAAACAAAUGAGCUUGAGAACUGUUGCAGUGAGAACUGUCAGAGUGAAGAAGAAAAGGAAAACAAAGAUGAAGCAGAUCAAGGUAAAGACACACAAGUGAAUGACAAUGAAAAAGUGGAUGAAUGUUGUGAUGGUGGUGUCGAUUAUUUUCAUAGUAGCAAUGGCAUUAUAGCGAAGGAGGUUCUGUAUGAAGAUCAGAGAGUACCUUCUCUGGAGACGGGGAAUAGUGGGAUUGGUGGAAAUUUGAGUGCAUUCAAGUGCUUGAAUAUUUACAACAGUGUGAGACCAGGCUCCAAUCGCAUACUUGGGGUGCCAGUACCAGCUAUGAGGCCUGUUCAUGGUUAGAAAAUGCAAUUGUAAUGUGGGUGGUUUAGGUUUGAGCUUUGUUUAGAUUUAGUUUAUUCCUUUCAUGCUCCAGGAGGCUGUAGUACCGAGUCAAGAUUGAAGUGAGUAGGAAUUAAUCCUUAUUUUC